AUUAUAAAGUGAUGUUACUUGCUAUUUUUUUCAAAUUUGCAGUGUAUAUGUAGAUGUCCUGCCACAGUCCUGGCAUUGUCUACUGAUGUCUAGAACAAGAAAUUUCAAAAGAGUAUUAAGAUUCAUAUGCAGCACACUGGAAAAUAGAACAGGUUUAUUAUAUUUAUGGUAUUUAAUUUUACAAUACUGCUUGCAAGGAGAAAAACAACUGCAAUGCAUUAUUAUUAAAAUAAUUUAAAUUAACCAACAUAUCUUUAUAAUUUCAGCCUUUAUAUGAAUUAGAAACACUAGAAAAUUUCUUUAGGAAAUGGAUGACUUUCCAUUACUACUGUGAAAUUUUACUGUGGUUAGUUUUUGGCCCUCAAAACUAUUAUAAUUUAUAAAAUCUGCUGGUUCCCAUGAACUUGAAACCAUGGGAUGCAAUAAAUUGUGUGACUGGUGGUGUAUGCAACCUCCCCUGGCUGUAUUCCUCUUGACUCUGGUGGCAUGUGCUGUCACUUUGGUCUCCAUCUCCAUUUAUGUUGAUGUUCAUCGGGAUAAUUUGCCCGAUCCUAAUGUCAGGGACUGGAAUACUUUUUUCUCAAGCUUCUCUCGUGUGGAACUCUGCAUUCCUUCAAUAGCGGCAAAUUAUUCAAUAGCUGAAGCAGAUUCAGUAACAGAACCUCUUGUUCAGGCAAACAUAUCCUCUGUGAGUGCUCUGGUGACCCUCUCUGUGGAGGCCGUCAGACCAAUUGAGAGCACACCAGCUGUGCUAGACAUGCUUGCUCACCACACCCUCUACUCCAACAUCACUGAGGCUCUGCUAGGCAUUAGAGUUCCAUUGAGUCGUGCGGCUGACCUGAUGCAAAUAAUGAUCGGCCUUCCUGAAUCAAAGUCCAAGAAAGACUCGCACAAAACCAAAGACUCAAGCAGUAAUAAAGACAUCAUUAAUGUCUGCAUAACCUUUACUGGACCAAGUCGCCUCCUGCCCAACUCCAUCGUCACUCCUGAAUCAUGUAGCAGGGAAAACUGGCCGGUACGCGUGGUAGACGCCCUGGGUGUGUCGGGAGAGCCAUGCGCGGCCACGGACGCGGUGCUGCCGCUGCUCCUGCAGCAGCAAGAGCUUCUUACGCCUCUGCUCUCGCAGGACGACACGGUGCUGAUCCAGCUACACAUCAUGUACACGACCUGCGCCCUGACGGUGCUCAUCCUGUUGCUGCUGUGCUACGCCAUCUGCCGCAGGGCCGUCCAUCACGCCAGGAUGCCCGGCCAUGCUGCUGCAUCGUCACUUGAGAAGGUAUGCUUGACGGAAUAAGGAGAGAGUGCAAACAACGAAAAAAAUUUUAUGUGUCCUCUUCUUUUUGUUCACCAAAUAAAUUCUGUGAUCUGGGACGUUUUUAUUUAGGGUUGCAAUAGUUCUUGCUGACGUAGUUGGGCUGUGGCUCUUUGAAAAUCCACAACAGCAUGACCGGCACAUGGCUUUCAAGGUGAUGCCUUGAUAAGCAAAUGCCUUGUGCACUUGCUGGUAUUUGAUUGUUACCCGCUGGACAAGUUUGAGUUAUUAUAUGAUGAUCUUUCACGUGACGCUUGUCUAUGAUAAAAACUGGAAAACAUCCAUUCUUAGGUGUGUUCAUUUCAUUAUUGGUGUGAUGCUUUUAAAUUACGCUGAAAGCGACGAAGAUUAUCAGAUUUUCACUCCUCUUUCCUGCGAAAGGUCUAUUAUCAUACGGCAGGUUUUUUACUAGAAACCAUUCCGGUUUGAGAUGACAGCUGUUAUCAGUCCAAUAAUCUUACAUUUAAUUCCACUUACAUAGCAAAGCUUUAUUUUUAUUGAGACCUCUUCAGAUCCAAAUCAUUUGCAUUGUGUCCGUAUUAAUAAGUGUAGAAACUUUGGGUUGGGUGCUUGACAAGAAAUGUGGAAAUGUAUCGACUAUCGAGGGUUCUAGAGAUAAGAGCCCAGUGCUAGUGAUAUUUGUUACUAGCGAGAUUUUGUUUCUAGUGGUUUCCAAGUGACCCGAUGAACCUGGGCAUGGUUGAAUGAAGGAUACUUGAAGGGUGAUUUUUUCAUUUCAUUUGCUGUGCAUUAUAGGCUGCUUUCAGUAUUUAAAUGUAUAGGUUACAGGUUUCUUUUAUUUGUGUUGCAAUUGGUUGUAGGAAUAUAUUCUUUUAUCCCAUCUUUCCUUCCCUCCUACUAGUAAGUCAAUCAUCUUAUGGAGCCAACAGCGAAGUAACAUGUUAUUUAUAGCAUAUAUAUUUUUAUUUCCUCCCUAAUUCCCGUCUAAUUCAUCUAAAUUUAUCAUUAUUUUUAGUCAUUAGCGGCUUUCAUUAUUAAAACAUUAUUUGCUUAGCUUUACUCGCAAAUUUAGGUAUAACCUCAGAAGAUUGUCCCUAGAUUUCAUCACUUUGACUUGGCGCAAAUUGUGCAAUACUUGUAUAUAGUCAUCAGAUAUUUUUGUUUCAACUUUCAUUGCAGCUUUAGAUGUUCAGUUUCCAAAAGAUUUUUUUAUUUACGUGCAUAACUUUUUAUACUUUGCGACCAAUAUUAUCGGAAUGCGGUGCACCUUGUGUUCAAGUUUCAUCGUUUGAUUAAGUAGUGGCGAGAAACAGGAAAGUUUUUACUGCGCUUCUGAUAAUUCUGGCUUUUGUUUGUUAUUCAUCUUGUGUAAAGGUUGUGAAUUUUUAAUAUGGGUGGCAAGCGUGAUUUUUCACUUGAAUGGUGCAGUAGUUUGUAAAUUGAAGUAUUCGUGCUCACGAAGCGAGUUGAGUUCAGUCAGCAAGUUAUGUACACGUUGAUCCGUAAGUAAGUUUUUGAUAAUUAUUGCUUCAUUAUGAUGUUCGUGGUAGCCAGCUUUUUACGCUAGUCAUUUGUUUAUUGCAUUGUUGGCUAUUGCUUUGGACAAGUUACCGCAUUUUCCUGUGAUGCAGAUGCUCUUGGAUUCCACGAAUUACUGUAAUCUCAUAUAGACGUAAAUUUAUUGAAUUGAUCGAGAGCAUGAUCAUGAAGCUCUGCAGACUUUCAAAUCACGAAAAAAUUGUGAUCAGCAAACUUCCAGCAAGAGUUGAUCGAACACUGAAAGGGUUUUGUCCCUAUCCUAUCCAGUUGUCGAAUGCUGUACUCUCAACAUGAUAGAAAAAAAAUUGCGCAUUGUGUCUAUGCCGCAAAUUUUCAUUUUUGGUCUAGUUACCAGUUCAAUGAACAUCAUCUCCCCGUUCACAGUUAGUCCUCGGAUAUUUGAACAGAUUUAUAAUGAAAUAGUGGCUGGACGACUGUCAAAUUAGAAGAAAAUAUUAUGUAAGCGUUCUACAUAGAUUUGCAGGAGUGGUAUAAUUUUGUAUCUUUAAUGAUUACGUUACAAGAUGUCAUUCCAACGCUUAGUUUAGCUAUGACUACUAUUAAACGUAUGUGCCGGAAAUCGACUUGAGCAAUAUUGAUAUUCAAGUGCCUUACAGCUCGAAGCUAUCUAUUAUCUUUUUAAUGUAGGAGUAGGAGUUGUUAAAUGUUGUCAUUGCAUCAAAUUUUAUAGAAUAACAUUUUUUGUAUUAUUGACAAGAAUUUUAUAUGAAUAAUUCAUGUACAGUUUUACGAAAAUGUAUGUGCGUUUCAUCGGAAUUGAAUGUGAUGCAACUGCACCAAAGUGUGUGUUGAAUGCUUCACCUUCUCAAUAAACUUGUAACACACUUU